UUCUAGUGUGGACAAAUAAGUCUACGCUCAGAUGCCACAGCUGAAACCAGUUCCUCCUGAAGUUCCUCAGAGGAAGGUAGGGUCACCCAUCGCGCUGCUCUCUUCACUCCUCAUCUUCAUCGAAAAGUAAAGGAGGGUUUCAACUCCUCUUAUCAGGAGACCUAUUAAGAUCUUCCACCUGAGCAGAAGUCAAGACCAGCACAGCAGGUGUGUCCUUGGACUUUGAGCAGAGAUGGGGGACUGGUCUCUUCUUGGGAAUUUCCUUGAAGAGGUCCAGGAGCACUCCACUUCCGUGGGAAAGGUUUGGCUCACCGUCCUCUUCAUCUUCCGCAUCUUGGUGCUGGGCACGGCAGCGGAGUCCUCCUGGGGCGAUGAGCAGAGUGACUUCCUGUGUGACACUCAGCAACCCGGUUGCACCAACGUUUGCUAUGACAGUGCCUUCCCUAUCGCCCACAUCCGCUACUGGGUGCUGCAGAUCGUGUUUGUCUCCACGCCCUCCCUGAUCUACAUGGGCCAUGCUAUGCACAUAGUUCGAAGGGAGGAGAAGAGGAAGAGGAUUGAGCAGGAGGAGAGGGAGGCGAGGGAGGAUGAUGGAGAAGACCUGCAGAAGGAGAAGGAGUUCCUCCAGCAGAAGGAGAACAGGAAGGAGAUAAUAUCUGAGGGAACUGGUGCGGUUCGAUUAAAAGGAGCCCUGCUCCGCACUUACAUCCUGAGUAUCCUGAUCCGAACAGUGAUGGAGGUGACCUUCAUAGUGGUGCAGUAUCUAAUCUAUGGGGUGUUCCUCAAGGCGCUGUACCUCUGCAAGGCAUGGCCCUGUCCCAACCCCGUGAACUGUUACAUGUCGCGGCCCACCGAGAAAAACGUCUUCAUUGUCUUCAUGCUGGUGGUAGCCGGUGUGUCUCUUUUGCUGUCUGUGUUGGAGCUCUACCAUCUUGGUUGGAAGAGCAUUAAGGCUUGCAUACGUAAAAGGAUGGUAGAAAAGAACAACCAAAAAACCAUGACCGUGGUUGUAAAAUCCAGUAACCAGCCCCAACCUUCUGACUCCUGCACCCCACCCCCUGAUUUCGAACACUGUCUGACACCGCAGGAGUCCAUAAACCCCAUGACCUCCAUCGCCUCCCAUCCUUUUAACACCAGGAUGGCUCUGCAGCAAAACUCAGCCAACCUGGCAACUGAACGGCACCACAGUUGUGACAACCUAGAGGACGAGCAGGAUUUCCUGAGGAUCAGAUAUGAGCAGGCCCCUGCGGAGCUACCGAACGGCUGCUCAUCGCUGAUGCAUUCAGGCUUCCUGAAGGACAAAAGACGCUUGAGCAGGACCAGCGGCACCAGCAGCCGGGCGCGCCAAGACGACCUGGCAGUAUAGAUGGUCUCAAAGAGAACCAAAAUGAGGAUAGAGCCAUGACUUAUAAGCACAACUCUAAAGCCUUGCAAAAAUAUCAACAUCCCUUCAGCUUUUAUUAUAUUUUUUCAAGUCAGAACCACAAGUUUUACAGUUUAUCAAAGGUUAUGGGGAUCAACCAGCUUAAAGUGUUAUUAUAGGUGAAGGAAAAU